AUGGUGAGCCCUGCCCGAGUCAGUGUAUUCUAGGUACACCCCUGACGCGGUCCCACCAUCGCACGCAGGCCGAAUUGCGACACACGGCGAAUACGCAGAUCGCGCAACUGCACGCCCGCUAUGUCGGUCAGUGAAAAGAUCAUGCAUUUCUUACAACGCAAGCAGCUCACAUUUCGUGAUCGGACCUGCCUUCCACCAGGCACGGGACACGCCGACAUGACCAAGUUGUGCGUUCACUCCCCUUCUCCUCCCGCUUCAGCUCGUCCACUUUGCCGUGCAGAGGACUGACCCGUUCUACUCUCCACACACAAACUGCUCUCCACAUUCGACCUCAUCUGAACGAACCUCGUCGAUCGCACAGCGAAUGGUUCUCGCACCAACACCGCGACACGUACGCCUCCGUCGUCGGCCACCCUCCCUUGCUCAACUACAUGGCCAUCGCAGACGGGGAAGCCACUGCCAGGCUCAAAUUUGAACUAGCAGAGGUGAGUACGCGCAGCCGGAUGGGUUUCGCAUCGGUGCAAAGUGCUCUCUGUGGUCGGCCAGCAUCGGACGAGAUCCCACCGAAUCCGAUCCAACGGCGCGAUCGACCGGCCAAGGACAAGCCUUUCGAGCUGACCUAUUUCCUUCGUGCAAUAGAGGAUGCUACAACCUUGUGGACCACCUCCCCCAAAAGAAGACGACUAG